GUCACUAAGGAACUGAUUUUGAUUGGACUUUGACUUUUAUUUUGUAACCUUUUGUAAAGUUUCAUGUAAAUAAUAUUUUUCUUUUCUAUAAGGCUCAGAAUAAAAUUUAAGCACAAAAAUGUUUUCCCCUCUCAGCAGGCAAUUACUGUUUUACACUCAGCUUCGUCGUCUACAAAGUACUUUAGUGUUAGCGGAGCACAAUAAUGAAGUCCUACUGCCAGCCACUCAAAAUGCCAUAAGUGCUGCAAAAAAGAUUGGUGGUGAAAUCUCUGUUCUGGUUGUUGGUACAAAAUGUGGCCCAGCAGCCGAAGCCGUUGCUAAAGCAAAUGGAAUAUCCAAAGUGCUUGUGGCUGAGAGUGAUGCAUUUAAAGGGUUCACUGCAGAGUCCUUGACCCCCUUAAUAUUAGCAACGCAGAAACAGUUCAAUUUUACACAUAUCUUGGCACCAGCCACUGCUUUUGGUAAGGCUGUGUUGCCCAGGGUUGCUGCAAAGUUGGAUGUGUCGCCAAUUACCGAUAUCAUUGGAGUUAAAGAUGCUAACACAUUCAUAAGGACUAUCUAUGCAGGAAAUGCAGUACUAACAUUGGAAGCAAAAGACAAAAUCAAAGUCAUCACCGUAAGAGGUACUGCAUUCGCUCCUGAGCCUCUGGAAGGCGGAUCAGCUGCAGUAGAGAAAGCUCCAGAGGGCGAUUAUAACAGUGCUUUAGUGGAAUUUGUCUCACAAGAGCUCACCAAGUCUGAUAGGCCUGAACUCACCAGCGCCAAGAAUAUUGUUUCUGGUGGGCGCGGCCUAAAGUCCGGUGACAACUUUAAGCUGCUGUACGAUCUAGCGGACAAGCUUAACGCGGCCGUGGGCGCGAGCCGCGCCGCUGUGGACGCGGGCUUCGUCCCCAACGACCUGCAGAUCGGCCAGACCGGCAAGAUCGUUGCACCCAACCUAUACAUUGCGGUCGGCAUCAGUGGUGCGAUCCAACAUUUGGCCGGCAUGAAGGAUUCGAAAACGAUCGUCGCUAUCAACAAAGACCCCGAAGCGCCUAUUUUCCAGGUAUCGGACUUUGGCCUGGUAGCAGAUCUAUUCAAAGCAGUGCCAGAACUGACAUCGAAGUUGUGAAUAUCUGCCAAGUUUUAUUUAGCAAUUCCUAUGCAGAUUGUACAUCCCUGAGAUUUUUGAUACCCUUAUACUUGUUACAUCCACAAUCAUGUAAUUUACGAAAUAUAUGUUAAUAAAAAUAUUUUUUUUAAA